AGUAAGCCAUUAUAUUGCUAGCUUAUUACUUUAUUAUCUCACCUCAAAAAAGCCUAUAUAAAUCAUCUUUUAUGUAAUCAAGAACAUCCCAUUGUCUAUAAGCUCCUCUACUCCAAAUCUUUAAUUCAAAAAAAAAAAAAAAAAAAAAAAAAAAACUUUAUUCCAAAAAUGGUGUCUUCAAAAUCAGAAGAUGGUCUAAUCUACAACAUAAAAUUAUCCUCAGUUGGACCAGCAAGAGUAACAGGACAGGAUGUUGUUUAUGAGCCAAGCAACAUGGAUUUAGCCAUGAAAUUACACUAUUUAAGGGGGAUUUAUUACUUUGAUAGCCAAGCGUUUCAAGAUGUCACAGUUUAUAAAAUAAAAGAGCCAAUGUUUUCUUGGUUCAAUUAUUUUUAUAUGACUAAUGGUAGGUUCAGAAGGGCUGAAUCAGGGAGACCUUAUAUAAAAUGUAAUGAUUGUGGAGCUAGGUUUAUUGAAGCACAAUGUGAUAAAACUUUGGAAGAAUGGCUAGAAAUGAAAGAUGCUCCACUUGAAAAAUUACUUGCUUCUAAUCAAGUUCUUGGUCCUGAAUUGGCUUUCUCACCUCCAAUCCUCAUACAGCAUACUAAAUUCAAAUGUGGUGGAAUUUCAUUGGGCUUAAGUUGGGCCCAUGUACUUGGAGAUGUAUUCACAACAACUGAAUUUUGGAACCUAUUGGGAAAAGUAUUUGGUGGAUACCAACCACCUAAGCCCCUUAACUUGGCCCAUUCAUUGACCAAAGCAAAUUCAACCCAAACCAUGCAAAAGAUUGUGGAGGAUCCACUUUCCAUUAAACGGGUCGACCCGGUUGAGGAUCAUUGGAUUGUUAACAAUAGUUGCAAGAUGAAGUCAUUUUCAAUCCAUGUUAGUGCCUCCAAAUUGGACCAAUUGCAAUCUAAAUUAGGCAUUCAAGGCCCAUUUGAAUCACUGUGUGUUGUUAUUUGGCAAUCCAUUUCUAGAAUUAGAGAUGGGCCUGGCCCACAAGUUGUAACAAUUUGCAAAAAAGGUGAGGAGAAGAAAGAGGGCCUUAUAGGAAACACUCAAGUCAUUGGUGUGGUUAAGGUUGAUUACUCAAUUAGUGAAGCUAAUCCUAGUGAAUUAGCAAGGUUGAUUAAAAAUGAGAUCAUCGACGAGCGAUUAAAGAUCGAUGAAGCCAUCGAGAAAGAGCAUGGAGUGUCGGAUGUAGUCGUUUAUGGAGCAAAUCUGACUUUCGUGAACGUAGAAGGCGCUGAUCUCUAUGGAUUCGAUUGGAGAGGACACAAACCGAGGAAUGUAAGUUACUUGAUAGAUGGAGUUGGCGAUGCAGGGACCGUGUUGGUGCUUCCGGCUGGACCAAAUGAGGCCGAAGGGAAGAUUGUGACCAUGACUUUGCCUGAGGAUGAGAUAAUGAAGUUGAAAAAUGAGCUAAACAGCGAAUGAUUUAUUGCUUGAAUAAUAACAGUGAAAACAUAUCCAUUAUAAUCACACAUGUGGGAUAUCUAAAUGUUCUGGUACUUGAAGUUAAAUGUAUGUGUUUCACUUCUUGUUCCAUAGUUUAAUUUGGUGUAAGAUCCAAAGACCAAUAUUUAUUUAGUAAUUUUUCUAUGUUGUGUUUGGAAAA